GUUGGGCUGGUCUGGGACUCCGAAAAGCCGACAUCAGAUCAAAUCAGCGAGGUUUUCCACUCUAUUGGAAUGGAUCUGAAACUACAAGAUGUGUUUCAUUCUGUUGUAGAUUACCGCUGGGCUUCAGCUACAAAGCACCAUCUGGUGGGAAUUGUUACAUACUAUGGAAAACAUUACUCAACAUUCUUUUUUCAUACAAAACUCCGAGUUUGGAUAUAUUUCGAUGAUGCAACAGUUCAUGAGAUCGGUCCCAAGUGGGAACAAGUGAUUGAAAAGUGUAGACGAGGACAUUUUCAGCCGUUAUUACUUUUAUACGCCAACCCAAAUGGUUCUCCAAUUUCCAAUGCCACAGCUCCAAAGUCUGUUACUUUGGUUGGUGGCAACAAAGUAACUGUGGAAGUUUCUGAUAGCAGCAACUCAACUGGUAAUAAAAGUGGAAUGGUUUAUUUUGAGGAUGACAAUCACCGAAGAACAACAGUACCACGUGCACAGAAACAAAAAUCACAUAUCCUAAAUGAGUGUGGUUCUUUGGGAAACAGUGGUAAACCGAGUUUACUAUAUAAUUCAGGCUCUGUUUCUCACCCAUUGAUGUCUGGUCACUGUUCAUUUGAAGGUGUACAUCAGCAGUUAUUUGAACGUUACCCAUCUUAUCCAAAAUGCGAUUCUAAUGCACAGUGUUGCAUCGAUACGAAUACUCUGUUUCAACCUGAUCUUGGUCAGCAGUAUGGUGGUCAGUGGCACAGUUGUAUUACACCAUCUGCCGACCUUAAGCAGAAGAUAGGUCAUCCAUUGAUGUCAUCUAACAGCAGUGAAACCUUAUCAGUUGAUCACAUUGAUAAGUCCAAUGGUCGUAAUCCAACCCUGUGUUCUCAACCUCUCCAUCUACAUUCCCCUGGUGAGUCACUGAGGGUACCAGAUCCAAGACAGCUUUCACUGGACUCUGCCAGUCAACAGGAAACUAACCCUGAAGGUGCGGAGAACUCAGAAGAUCACAGCACCUACAUCAGCCGAAAGGCAGUACAGAGUGUGCUUACGGCUCAGAAACUUCAGAGGCAGCGGUCAUUAAAUGGAAGCUACUAUCCUAGUGUAAGAAACCGUAACAGCAGUAGUAGUUUGGAAUCCUUUGACAACAAAGAUAAAACUUUGAAUAAUUUACCUGGUCUGAGAAUAGAAAUCGGUAAGGCAGCUAAUGUUCCACGACGACGAGACUCUGGAAACUGGAGUGGUGACCGUAAUAGUGCAAGUUCAGCCAGUAGCACCUCCUUAGAUAGUCCUUUCUUCUACGUUGUUGGGAAUAAAAAGCCAGGAGUAACUGCUGGCAGUCUCAGGAAUAUCGAGUAUGAGAUGAGAUCAGGGCAGCAGGACUGUAUGAAUAUGGGGGCUUUGUCUGACAAAGGCUAUGACUCCUUCUCUUUGUCCAGCACAGACAGCUAUCCAUCUGUUACAGGAUCACCUGCCAAAAUUGAUCCUCGCUUAAUAAAGAUAUCGGAAGAUUUGCAAGACAGCUAUCCACCUGUAGCAGGAUUACCUGCCAAAGUUGAUCCUCGCUUAAUACAGAUACCGGAAGAUUUGCAAGACAGCCAUCCACCUGUAGCAGGAUUAACUGCCAAAAUUGAUCCUCGCUUAAUGAAGAUACCGGAAGAUUUGCGUGACAGCUAUACACCUGUCGCAGGAUUACCUGCCAAAGUUGAUCCUCGCUUAAUACAGAUACCGGAAGAUUUACGUGACAGCUAUCCAUCUGUAACAGGAUCACCUGCCAAAAUUGAUCCUCGCUUAAUACAGAUACCAGAAGAUUUACAAGACAGUUAUCUACCUGUAGCAGGAUUACCUGCCAAAAUUAAUCCUCGCUUAAUACAGAUACCAGAAGAUUUACAAGACAGCUAUCCACCUGUUGCAGGAUUACCUGCCAAAAUUGAUCCUCGCUUAAUACAGAUACCGGAAGAUUUGCAGACAGUAUUCCAACUUACUGGUAUCUUGAAGCCCAAUGCUCCCGAACUUCAGAGCUUGAUUGAAAGUAAUAACUCCAAAACAAAAGGCGAAGACUGUGAGAAACUGUGUGCCGAGGCCGAUCUUCUUCUGGUGAAGUCUCAUGAGAAAGAGAAUGAAGGGGAUCUGGUGGUGGCUGCUGUACUGGCUGAAUCAGCAGCAGCCAAAGCAAGAGCUGCUAUGGAUUCUCCAUACAAUAACCCACAAUCCUUGGUCUCGGCCAAGAUUAAGCAUAGUUUCUGUGUGAUGAGGUCAUCCAGCCUUCACAAGCGUUUGAAAGAGGCAGAAAUGGAAGAGCGUCGGAGACAGAAAGAGUUCACCGUUUUAGAAGGUCAUCAUAGCCGACAGUCUAGUCGAGAUAGUACACAUGGACGCCAUAGUCGACAAGGUAUCAAAGAGGGAUCUUCAGGUUCUCAUAGUCGACAAGGUAGCAAAGAUGGAUCUUUAGGUUCUCAUAGUCGACAAGGUAGCAAAGAUGGAUCUUCAGGUUCUCAUAGUCGACAAGGUAGCAAAGACAGUUCCAAUGGAAAGCAGAUUAUGGCUGAAUUUGAUGUAAAGGCAUUCGAACUAAAUGCUACACUACCUAAAAAAGUUAGUAAACAAAAAGGUCCAAAUAACAAUCUUGUUGUUUCUCCUGAAGGAAGCCAAGCACGUAAAGAGAAACAAUUAUGUAAAACUGAAACAUACUGUCAAGGGCCAAACCAAGAAAAAGCACCGACAGGACCGAAACCUCGCAUUAGAAAUACGGAAUUUUAUACAGAAAAGUUUCCUGAGCUGAAGGACCAAUCAGGAAACAGCAUAGUUACCGCAAGAUCUGAUGAAAAUGAUUGCACUAAAGAUUUGAAUUUUAUUAAAGAAGUUUAUUUUGAACAAAACGUUUCAGACAGUUCUCUUCCCAAAGCAGAAACUUUAGGAAAACCGGAUGGCACGCUAAUGCAGUUUAAUGAGCAGUCUAACAAAAAGCAACAUAAAAUUCGAAAAAAACUUAUGGGAGGAUUGGCGCGAAGGAAGAAUCGUAGUUUACCAGACCUGAGAGAAGGACAAGACCAGAGUGAUUCCACAUCACAUUCUUUUGAUGAUUCUUUGAUUUUACAAACACCCCUCUCUUCAAAAUCACUUGAUUAUAAACUGUCAAAGAAUGUUAAUAGGCCAUCUGAUUCAAAAAUUUCACAUGUCACCAAGGGAUGUCACCAGCCCCAUCUAGCGUUUAUAAAAAGAAACAGCCAGCAGCAACGAUCACUCGUGAAAGUGAGUCCACCGCAUGUUGGAAUGGUGGUGUCACAACCUCCCAAGGACAAAAGUGGCUCUUUUGAUAAAAUUUGCUAUGAUUUCCCUCCUCCCCCACUGGACCACAUGCUUCUCAUUCACUCUCCUGAUGUUCUAACCCAAUUUAUUGAACCUCCACCCCCUGCUCUUCACGCAGAUCCUUCCUGCCUUUCAAUAUCAGUUCCAACAGGAGAACGAAGCUGUAGCACAACACAACACCAACAGGUUCCAGUUCAUCUUCAACCAGAAGUGUUACAAAAGGAACCUAAUACUGCACCAUUACAUAUUUUAGAAGGGAAUGCAGGAAUUCAAGUCACAAAAGAACAAUUGUUAAAAGAAAGAGUAGAAAGAGAAAAGAACACUGAAGGCAUGUCAUUCAAUUCAGAGCGAAGAAUUGAUGGAUCUCAAAAUCAUAAAUCAGUAGAAAGUCUUAUUGGAUCUCAAAAUCACAAAUCAGUAAGAAGUCUUGGUGGAUUUACAAAUCCACGUACAUCAAGCCAACUUAGAAGAGAAAAUGAGUGGCUGGAGGAACUAGAGACCAAACAAUUUCAAAUACUGCGGAAAAGAAACCAUUUUCAUGAAAAAACACCCAUAACGGAAAUUGAGACAAGAAACUCAGGACAGUCUCUCAUCCAGAAACAAACUGAGGUGGAAAAUAACCAGAAGAAAAUAGGUCAACUAGAAAAUAACCAGAACAAUAUUCAUUCAGCUUCCGAAAUUCCUCAGUCAACAUCUGUAGUGAAGGCAUCAGUCGUGAUGUUUCCAAGCAGGAAUACAAUAGAUGAAGACAAAGGAAAUCGUUGUGCAACCGAUGAAAGAAAGUCGUGCUCAGUAAAAGAUCUUGCUUCCAGAUUUGAAUUUGUUUUAAAACCUCGAAAAGGCCCCAUCACCAGUUUAAUAUCAAACAAUGCUUUAACUCAACGUAUAUUUGAGCCUCAGAAGAAUGAGAAUUCAGUAAGUAUUAAGAGUAAGUCCAGUCUGAUUGAACGAUGUUCAUCUGAUCAGACUAGUGGGAAAAAGUAUGAAAUUAACAAUGACAACAUCCAUGAGAUGAAACAGAUCAUCCCCGAAAACCAUCCUUCAAACGACACCUCCAUCUCUACACCACAUAACUUUCAGUGGGUGUCCAAUGCUGUUACAAAUGAGAGAAGCCACAAUGACACUUCUUUCGGUUCUCUAAGUGAUAACCAUUCACCAAAUUGUCAUCCGUCUUUAGAACCCAAACGUCCAGAAUGUCCUCCUGAUUAUGAGACUGCUAUACAAAGAAUUGAAAUAUUGAAAGAUUGCAUACAGCUUCAAACGGUUGAUGCAGAACAAAAUUAUAUACAUCCUACACAGAGUUUUAAAGCUUUGUCAUCCAAUGACCAACAGUACAACACAUUGGAUACACAUCCUACACAGAGUUUUACAACUUUGUCACCCAGCGACCAACAAUAUAACACAUUGGAUACACAGAGUUUUACAACAUUGUCACCCAGCGACCAACAAUAUAACACAUUGGAUACACAUCCUACACAGAGUUUUACAACUUUGUCACCCAACGACCAACAAUAUAACACAUUGGAUACACAUCCUACACAGAGUUUUACAACUUUGUUACCCAGCAACCAACAGUAUAACAUAUACAAUACACAUUAUACACAGAGCUUUCCAGCUUUAUCUUCUAGUGACCAUCAGUACAACACAUUCAAUACACCUUCUACACAGAGCUUUCCAGCUUUAUCUUCUAGUGACUAUCAGUACAACACAUUCAAUACACAUUCUACACAGAGCUUUCCAGCUUUGUCAUCCAGCGACCAUCAGUACAACACAUUCAAUACACCUUCUACACAGAGCUUUCCAGCUUUAUCAUCCAGCGAUCAUCAGCACCAGCCAUUCAAUACACCUUCUACACAGAUCUUUCCAGCUUUGUCAUCCAGCGACCAUCAGCACAGCACAUUCAAUACACAUUCUACACAGAUCUUUCCAGCUUUGUCAUCCAGUGACCAUCAGUACGAUGCAGCGAAUGCAGAUUCAAGUUGAUUUCUUCCGUAGACCCAAAAACCCUGAAGAAAAAGAAAAGUGUUAAAUUCUCAGAACAAGUAGUUUUAGUGGCGUGUGCUCAAGAUAAGGAGUUUACUCCGAACCCUUUGUUGGAACGAGUUUACAAGCAACAUCUACAAGAAGAAUCUACCAAGAUAAACUCUUUGCAUGCUGGACCAAAAGCUUCAUCUGGUUCUGUUGUCCGCAAUCCCUGUGAUUUAUGUCACCAAAAGACUGUUUCUCCUCCUGAUGUGUAUUGUUCAGAUUGCUCAUUUUAUAUGUCGAGAUUUAAACCACGUCAUUAGCGUGGAUUGGUAGUUGAGUUGUUAUUCACAUUGGCUCAUCAAACUUAUUUAAAGUAAGGUAUAUGUUGACUUGUUGCUCAUGGUCUCGUAGAGUUUGAUCUGAACUGUAAGUGCACAUUGCACCAUUUUCGUAAGUGUGUAUUCUAUAAUUUAGUUUUAGACUUUAUUUUUUCUUGUAGUGUUAUAUUUUUAAAGUUCAAACAGAGGCCUGUUAAAAGUCUCUAAGUUCCAUACACAACAUUCCACGUCUGUAUAUAUGUUUUAUAAGAUUAAUCUUUAAGUCAGUGCCAAAGUUCUUCUUGUAUCACUACCAUAAGGUUUACUUGUUUUUAUUUUGUUCAACAUAUUUGGUUUUUAAACGACCAAAAGCCCAAUCACAUUUCCGUCCUGAAGUGUACUUAAAUGAUUUUAGUUUGUAACAUGUAAAUAUUAUUGAGGAAGAUAACGGCCAGGUUGUGUGUAUAGUUUUAUAUCUAGAAAAUCACUGAAUAAACACGAAAACCUUG